AUGACCGAGGAGUCAGCCGUAUCUCCAUAUUCCAACUGGAGCAAUGCUAGUCUGAUUGACCGAAUCAAUGAACUCGAAAAGCAGUUAAAUCAGCGCUCCCAAGGCCCUACCCCGACGGCCAACUCCGGGAGCGAAGCGAAGGGAGAAAAAGACAAAGAUAUUGCAGCAGCAUCCUCUGUUGAAAGCCCACCACUCCCAACGUCCACCCCACCCCCCGACCGACCAACGAGUUCAAAUUCUUCACGGAAGGCACGGAAAUCAGACAAGGUCUCUCGAGAUAUAGACCCUUCUAAAUACUCCACUCGCCUCAUUGCCCUUAAAAUUGCUUAUCUCGGCAAACGAUAUAACGGAUUUGAGCACGCGAAUGGCAAUUAUACCGAAGCCCCUACAGUUGAAGAGGAACUAUGGAAGGCUCUGAGGAAAACCCGCCUUAUAUUUCCAACACAUAAAGAAUGUACGGAAGAUUUUAGCGAAAAGGAUUCUAAAUACCUUCGGCCGUACUCCAUAUAUUGGGAUGGAUGUCAAUACUCUAAAUGUGGGCGAACUGAUAAAGGUGUCAGUGCUUUUGGACAGGUGAUAGGUAUCAGGGUGCGAAGCACAAAGCCAUCACUAGACCUCUCAGCCGAAGGAAAGAAGAGGCCGGUCACAGCUUCAGAUGCCGCAGCUCCUAAGGUUUCCGACACAGAGGUUGAGAAUAUGCUAGCGGGUUGCGAUAUCUCUGAUACAGAAGAAGCCAAGGAGGCAAGUUGGGAUGAUAUUGGAGAUGAAUUGCCUUAUGUACAAAUACUGAAUGGUGUUCUGCCAGAGGACAUACGUGUUUUGGCAUGGUGCCCUCGUCCGCCUCCUGACUUUGAUGCUCGAUUUUCAUGUCGCCAGAGGCGGUACCGUUACUUCUUCACGCAGCCUGCAUUUUGUCCUGUGCCUGGCACCCACGGAAUCGUGAAAGCCCGAGGGUCAACACAAGACCCAUCCAAACCGACACUUAGGGAAGGUUGGCUAGAUAUUGAUGCAAUGCGAGAAGGGGCACAGUAUUUUAUAGGCAGCCAUGACUUCCGGAAUUUCUGCAAGGUCGAUACGAGCAAGCAGUUGACGAGCUUCGUGCGCCACAUUCUACGUGCGGAUAUAGAAGUUGUGGAUCCUAAGAAAACCCCUCUUGGAUUCGUUGACAAACCAGGAUUUGAGCAGUUUGACAACAGCCCAGCAAAUACUGGGGUUCUUGACAGCGCUGAUGAUGUUAACCCUUCCGCGGGCAAGGUAUAUUCAUUCACCGUGCAUGGCACAGCGUUUCUAUGGCAUCAGAUUCGUCAUAUGGUCGGCAUACUGUUCCUCAUUGGCCAAGGCCUCGAAUCUCCAUCUAUUAUCCCCGAGCUAUUGGACAUCACAAAGAACCCACGCCGGCCUGUGUAUGAGAUGGCGUCGGAUGGCCCUCUUGUUCUUUGGGAUUGCAUAUUUGGGGAACACGAGGAUGAAUUAGAUUGGGUUCACCCUGGUGACCCACGGGUUAUGAAUUCACACUCUAGGAAAACUGACGGCAACUUUGGCCAUGGCGGCGUUGUUGAAGACCUAUGGACUAUCUGGAGACACCGUAAGAUCGAUGAAUUGCUAGCCGCAACGUUAUUGGAGUCCGUCGCGAACCAAGGUCACUUAACGGCCGUUUCUAAACCUGCUAAUCAUCCAACCAAUCGACAUCAAACGAUUCGGAGUCAAAGGAUGUUCGGUGGAAGCGAUAACGCGAAGCUAGUCGGAAAAUACGUGCCAUUAAUGAAAAGGUCCAAGCUUGAUCUUGUUGAGGAUAUGAAUUCCCGGUAUCUAUCGAAGAAGGGCCACAAGUAUUGGAACAAGGUUUUCCAGUAUCAAGCGGAACAGCGGAAAGCAUCACUUGAAGCUGAGGGAAAAGCCGUGGCUUACGAAUAG